GAGGGGGGCAGAGGGAGUUGUUUUCUUGGACCAUCACACACCACGGUCUUUUCUGCUUCUUGCUUAGGUCAGUAGGUAAUAUGGCCGUGUGCUUGCAAUAGACCAUUUUCGUUUUCCCGGUAUUGGAGUGGAACUAGCUGGCAACUGAGGCUAAUGCUGGGAGUCUCUUCGAAUGCAAAUGACUUGCAUCUCUUUUUUGUGAUAUUCCCCCGCAUGAGCCUCCAUUCCAGGCUAGUUCCAGUCCAAUACCGAGAGUCAUACCGAGAAUACGAAAGUGGCCUAUUGAAUUUUUGCCUGGAUUACUGAUCCAUAACCUGUUUUGCAGCAAGUUGGCAGGCGUAAACAGGGGAGGAGAAAAACACCAGGACGUUUUUAAUCUCUGAAUCAAUUUUUGAAUCUACAAAUCAUUUAAGGAACUCCUGACGAAAGUAACGCUUUCUUUUGCGUGGAAUUCAGUUCCGACAAAUAAAACGAUACAGCGAGUAAAAUGAGAUGAUAUCAGUGUGUACCAUUCGACAACCUUCCAGUACAAAGGACUGUUCCAUUUCAUUUCCUACCAGUUGGACUGUUUAUUUCAUCAAGGAGCACGUGAAUAGCAUGAAGAGACAAAAAAUACAGUAAUUUACCGAUCAUUCUGAUAAAAAUCAGAAAAGAGGGACACCUUGAAGUAAGGCUAGCCCGUAUUUUCAUGACUAGUGUAUAUCAAAAGUGAACAUCGUUCCAAGAUAUUUGUCUCCGCGAAAAGACCGGACCGAGUAACCAAGGCAUUUGUAGUCCUUUUUGGACUGAGAAAGAAAACAACUUCUGUCAUGGACUCAAAAGAUUUCGCAAACAAGUAAGUAAUUAUUUUGUUUUGAGUCCGAAUAAUCACGCCCCUUUGUAUUUGAUAAGCAAUAACGUCAGCAUCAGCACGUUAGGCAACAAUAGGCAACAAAUAUGUGGGCGGAUAAGUAUCAGUUAACUCUUUCAUUGACAAAUAUAACUGCCUUCUGAGGAGUGCCCCAGGUUUGCGUCACCGCAAACCUAGAUUAAGAAAUCCUGGCACAGAAAUCACGAACAGUUAUGUUGUCCAAGUGUCAAGCAAAGUUGGACUUACAGCUCGUUUUUAUGUUGUUUGAGGACAAUUAUUCGUUUAUAGACCACAGAAAGUGUCGUCCUCGGGGAUUAAAACGAAAUGAACUGAAGGAGAAUGGAGUUAACUUCCUUUUAAAAUAAGUAGGACAACUUGUUUGAGUUAUGAUAAACAUAUAAAGAUAUGCUAAAUAAAAGACGAGGGUGAUAAUUGAAAUGAAUAGAAAAUUUCCAAUGAACAUUCAUCAGCCACCCAUAUAUUGAAAACCAUUACGUAUGGAAAAAGUAUUUAGUGAAAUGAAUGUCUUCGAUUCAUUUUUAAUAGAUGGUUGUUAAUAUGUUUGUCAAGAGAUGUAAAUGUAUAUUUACUGCCACCAGAUGAAAGAUCUCCGUGUAAGAUCCAAUAUUUUAAAGGUUUUUGAUUGUUUGGAGGUACAAAGCAUCAUUAAUCAAUUACGUAAAACAUGCCUGUUUCAAGCCAAUAUCACAGCUUGUUCACUUGUGCCAAGCUCAUUCACAUUCCAGUGUGUUAGUUUUAAAAUCAGAAGAUUCUGUCACCUCCAGAGUUGAGCCAAUGGAAAGCAGACUGUUCCCGCCUGUGAAUAUGGCCUCCUCGAGGUUUUAUCUUCCAAGUUCACCUACUGUGCCAGUGUUCCCAUGCUCGCCUCAUUAUGGUGGGUAUGUCAGACCAGAGAUGUUGUUCCCUCAUCAAGGUAAAGAUAUUACAGUAUUGCCUGGUUAUAUGAGUCACUGUUACCACCCAGCCUUACAAGCCAUUCCGUACCAUGCCAUAGAUGAAGAAAAACCAACUCAGUCCUACAUUGGUCUCAUUGGCAAGGCAAUUCUAAGCUCUCCACAACAGAAACUUGUGCUAGGCGACAUCUACAGCUACAUACUGACAAAUUACCCUUACUUCAGGAAUAAAGGACCAGGAUGGCGGAACUCAAUACGCCACAACUUAUCGUUGAAUGAUUGCUUUGUGAAAAUGGGUCGUUCACCUAACGGCAAGGGACACUUCUGGGCAAUCAACCCGAUAAACUACGACGACUUCAGUCGGGGCGAGUACAAGAGAAAGAGAGCUCCGAGAAGAAAUCGGGAAAGAAAACAGGACCAAUUGACGACGAGCGAAAGGUUUACAACGCAUGAGAUUCCCUUUAACACUAACACUAUUCCACGUGGAUCAGAAAAAAGAGGUUUUCACAUCGAAACACUUUUGUCCAACAAAUGGGAGGAGGUAAAUAGCAGUGAAGCCCACAACACCAUGUCGGCAUUUACUGUUGUGUCCCCGGGAAUGGUGUGUACUGCUCAACAACUGCGUCAAAGUAGUUUACAUGGACAUUUGUCAGAGACAAAUGGGCAACCAUCAAUUAGGUAGUUUGUGCGCUACAAGUUAUAAACAUUAUGGUGUUAGCUGUUGACAAGCUGUGGUUCUUCACAGAAGUAACAUAUUUGCUGAAUGUUUUUG